AUGCGAAACAAAGAUUUUGAUCAACUAUACACAUUUCGAUAUGUUAUGAAAGAUCUAAUAGAAAGUUUCAAUCGAGAAUAUCAAAAGAUAAUUCGAUCUGAUCAAGAAAUAUUAUUCACAUAUCGAGGAAUGAAAAUGACAAAUGAUCAAAUCGAACAAUUCAAAGAGUACAAAGGUAAAUUGGUUUCAAUCAAUGGAUUUUUCACAACAAGUAUUCUUCGUUCAACUGCAUUGAAUCAAGCAAUGCGAUCUUCGAAACGAACUGAUCUCAUUCCUGUUCUCCUAGAAAUUCAAUACAAUUUACAAGAAUUGAACAACAAUGUCAUUGUUGCUUAUGGCAUUGAUUUCAAUGAAUUUUCAUGCGAAGAAGAACAACAAAAGAUUCUCUUCAAUUCAAAUGUUACUUUUCGAUUGAAGAAUAUGACAAUGAAAGAAGAUAUAUGGUUGAUUGAAAUGAGUGUAUCAAAUGAAGGUCAAAUUAUUAAAGAAAAAUAUAUCAAAGAUUCACGUUGUCAAAUGGAAGAUGUAAGUAUUAGAAUUCUCUUUGGACGAUUGAUGUGUGAUAUGGGUGAAUGGAAUCAAUCACAACAUUUUUUUGAAAAUUUAUUGAACGACAUGAAUAACAAAAACGACGAUCUCAUAAAGAUUGAAUACAGUCUUGGUGAAGUUCUCCAAUGGAAAGGAGAAUGGAAUGCAGCACGAAAAUAUUAUGAUCGUGCUUAUAAACGGAUGAAGAGUGUAAGGCCAACACGGAUGAAAGACUUAGCUGAUAUACUCUUCAAUAUCGGUGAAAUUCUCUGUCUCGAAGGAAAAUACGAAGAAGCUUAUGAUUAUUAUGAAAGAACUUUGACAAUGCGAGAGAAAUAUUAUUCUUCUAUCGAGAUUGAUAGAGUUUGUCCAUCGAAUCAACAACACAGCAGUUUGUUAAAUCAUAUUGAUGCAUCGUUCUGGUCUGUUUUAUGGAAUUCAGAUGGAUUCUUCCAAUCAUAUUUUGGAUGGUUUUGGACUAGAUAUGUCUUAGGAGUUUUUCGUUGGCUCCAUUCGAACUAUACAACAAACAUAAUGAAGUCUGUUGAUAAACAGUCGAGUAAAACUAAGUUACAAGAAAUGUGUCAAAACUUACAGGAAACCGAUAGAUUACAACUUAGCGAGAUUCACUUAGAUGGGCAUGUGCCUAUGGCUAUUAGCCUUCGUAGCUUCGGGAAAAUCCUCUUUUGUCAAGCCAAGUAUGACGAAGCACUUAUCUUUCACCAACAAGCACUGACAAUGCUCGAAGAAUAUUAUCAAUCUCCUCAUAUUGAUAUCGCUAUUAGCCUUGACUACAUUGGUCAGAUUCUUAUAUGUCAAGGAGAGUAUAAUAAAGCUCAUGAUUUCUGUCAACGAGCAAUGUCAAUCUAUACAAGAUAUUAUCCAAAUGGUCAUGUAUAUAUUGCCUACAUUCUCAAUCACAUUGGUUACAUUCUCUAUCUUGAAGGUAAGCAUGAUGAAGCUUUGAAGAUUCAUGAAAGAGCAUUGGCAAUACAGCAGAAGCAUUAUCCAUUUGGUCAUGUCGAUGUGGUUGGUAGUCUUUGGGGAAUAGGAAAUGUUCACUAUGGACAAGGAAUUUAUGAUGAAGCUCUGACAUUUUAUGAAAAAGUGUUAGAAAUUCUACAGAAAUAUUGUUUUCCUGGUCAUGAAUAUAUUAUUUGUACUUUAAACUUCAUUGGUUAUGUAGAAAAAGAACAAGGAAAAUAUAAUGAAUCUGGUGAUUCCCAUCGACGAGCACUAGUACUUCAAGAGAAAUAUUAUCCAUCUUAUUAUGGAAACAUCGCUAACACUCUCAAUAACAUCUCUGAAGUAUUGUUUGAACAAUCGAAAUAUGAUGAAGCUCUAUAUUAUUGUCAACGAGCGCUAAUGCUGCAAGAAACAUAUUAUCCUUUAGGUAGUGCCUCAAUGGCCUGGAGUUUCAAGAACAUUAGCAACAUCUUAGAUCAGCAAGGAAAGUACGAUGAAGUGGUCGAUUUUCUUCGUCGAGCACUAACAACUGUCGAAAAACAUCGUCCAUCCGAUCAUUCUUCUAUUACUUAUUAUAUGGACAAUAUUGGGAUUAUAUUAAGCAAGCAAGAAAAGUAUGAUGAAGCUCUGGAUUAUCAUCAAAGAGCACUCGAAAUACAAGAAAAAGAUUGUUCAUCAUAUCAGCGCGAGAAAGUCAAUACUCUCAAUUGCAUCGGUCAUGUUUUCAGGGAUCAGAAAAAAUAUGAUGAAGCUUUGAAAUUUUAUGAACGCGCACUCGAAAUACAAGAGAAGUAUUAUCCAAAUGGUCAUAGAAACAUUACGGCAACACUCAUUAAUAUUGGUGCAAUACUUCGUCAAGAACAAAAAUUCGAUAAAGCAAUAGAAUAUCAUCAAAAAGCAUUAGAUUUUCAGAAGAAAUUAUAUCCAUCAGGCAGUGUCAUCAUAGCUGAUACUAUCAAUCGUAUCGGCCAUAUUUUGGACGAUGAAAAAAAGUAUGACGCAGCAAUUGAAUAUUAUCGGCAAGCACUUUCAAUACAAGAGAACUUCUAUGCUGAUGAUCACAUUGAAAUUUCUCGUACUUUCAGCUUUAUUGGUAGUGCUUGUUAUAAACAAAAGAAGUAUGAUGAAACUCUUGAAUUUCAUCAAAAGGCCUUGGCCAUCCAAGAAAAAUAUCAUGAAUAUGCUCAUGUCGACAUUUCAAAUACUCUGAACUCUAUUGGAAUUGCCCUUUAUAGCCAAGAGAAAUAUGAUGAAGCUAUCGAUUUCUAUCAACGAUCAUUAGCUAUUCGAGAGAAAUUUCAUCCAUUUGGCUAUGAAGGUAUCGCUGUCGUUCUUAGCAAUAUUGGAAAUGCUUUUGCUGGACAACAAAAAUAUGAUGAAGCUCUUGACUUCUAUCAACAGGCGCUAACAGUGAGUGAGAAACUUAAUGCAACUAAUCAUGAUAGCAUUGCUGAGAAUCUAAUAAACAUUGCCAAUAUUCUAAGAGAUCAAGAAAAGUACAAUGAAGCAAUUGAGUUGCAACAACGAGCAUUGAUAAUACGAAAACAACGUUACUCUUCUGAUCACGUGAAUAUUGCUUACAGUUUGAGUAACAUUGCAAAUAUUCUGAGGAUGCAAAGAAAAUAUGAUGAAGCUCUCAAUUUCUAUCAACAAGCGCUAAGAAUUUACGAAAAAUGUUGCCCAUCAAAUCCUGUUGAUAUGGCUAAUGCUUUCAUUAAUAUUGCUAAUGUCUUGAGAGAACAGAAAAAAUACAUAGAAGCUAUCGAGUUUCAACAGAGAGCGUUAACAAUUCGAGAAGAAAACUACUCUUCAUAUCAUGAAAAAAUUGCGGACAGCUGGAGUCGCAUUGGUUACAUUCGAUUGGAUCAAAAAGAAUACAAUCUAGCAAUCGACUGUUAUCAACAAGCUUUAACAAUUCUCGAAAACUGCUAUCCAUCUGGUCAUCCUGAUAUUGCUGAGACUCUGCGUAAUAUCGGUAGCAUCUUAUAUCUGCAAGAAAACUAUGAUGAAGCCCUUGAUUUCCAUCAACGAGCUGUGACAGUUUAUGAGCAAUAUUGUUCAUCCGGUUGUAAAAAUUUUCCUACUUGUCUGGGUACUAUUGGUAAUAUAUUGAGUGAUCAAGGAAAAUACGAUGAAGCUCUCGAUUUCUAUUAUCGAGCAGUGGCACUUUACAAGAAGCAUGCAUCCAAUUAUUCGAAUAUUGCUACUUGUUUAGACAAUAUAGCUCAAACUUUUAAAAGUCAAAGAAAAUAUGAUGAAGCUCUCGACUUUCAACAACAAGUAUUGACAUUGCUCAAAACUAACUUAUCUAAUGAUCAAUUAAGAAUUGCUACCAGUCUCAAGGACAUUGGUAAUACUCUGUUUGAGCAAAGAAAAUAUGAUGAAUCUCUAGAUUUUUGUCAACAAGCAUUGAUCAUACUUGAAGAAAAUUGUCCCAAUGAUCAUAUUGAAAUUACUGGUUGUCUAUAUCGGAUCGCAGCUAACUUCUAUAAAAUGUCCCAGUUCGAUAUGGCUAUUGAAUAUUUGGAAAGAUGCUUAUUAAUUAAAGAAGUCAGUCCACCUUCAAAACAUCUCUCCAUUGCUGACAUACUUGAGUGUUUGUCACAGGUUCACAGCCGGAAAAGUGAACAUGAACUUUCUCUCAUAUAUGAACAAAAUCUUUUAUUUAUGCGUCUUCAUAUUCUACCACCAGAUCAUGAGAACAUUGGUAAUAGCUUAUCAGACAUAGGCACGAUUUACGAAAAGCUUCAUAAAUCUACAUUGGCACUUGAUUAUUAUCAACAAGCAUUGGCUAUCUACAACGAGUGUCUGCCUUUUUGGCAUAGUAAUGUAUGGAAGCUGCAAUCGAAAAUUGAACGACUUUCGGAAGAACUUGCCAUAGAACUCGACUAA